CAGAAGAUACAGACUGCUCGGGACAUUGUAUAUAAGUCCGGGUAUGUGGUUGAUGGCAUUGCGGUCGAAAAGGUCCUCUCCAGUGAGUCAUGGGUUCCGACUAUCAAUAUCUUCGCCCAAAAACUUGGCAGCUUCGGGCUCGACCCAUUUCGCAUGUUGGUCGUUGAUAUUAUGCAUGAGUGUGAAUUAGGGACUUGGAAGAGUCUCUUCAGU